UAAAAGCUCCGCACUAAGCGCAGUGCAAACCCACCGCUCUGCAAACCGAAAAACGAGGCUGGGGGCAAUGUAGCAUUUUUACUUUUUUAAAAAAGCGAUCAUUAAAAAGAAGAAGAAGAAGGCGAUUAUUGCAUGUUUUUUAAAUGGGAAACCUGGUGGGCAGCUGGCGUUUCAAGGAGCCGAGCACGAUUGAGGAAUGUGACUCGACGUGGGGAUCGGACUCGGAGAGCGACGAGCCGGCGGCUGAAGAUGAUAGCGGCAUCUCCGACUCCGUCAGCCCGGUGGAGAGCGAGAGGGCCGCAGGGCACGCCGGAGACAGCACACCGCAGUUGACUGACUCCCCGGAGUCUGUUCCAAAGAUGAAGAGGAGUUUCUAUGCCGCCAGGGACCUCUACAAAUACCGGCACAGCUACCCGAACUUCAGAAGGUCCCGGCAGCCCAAUGAGUACCGCAACCUGCGCUUCUACCUGAACAAGAUCCCUCUAGUACCUGAUGGUAUCUACAUAGAGGAGAUUCUCUCUAAGUGGAGAGGCGACUAUGACAAACUGGAGCACAAUCACACCUAUAUUCAGUGGCUGUUCCCAUUAAGAGAACAAGGGCUCAACUUCUACGCACAUGAACUGACUCAGGACGAGAUCAAAGAAUUCCAAAGCACUCGGGAAGCAAAGCGGAGAUUCCUGGCGGCCUAUUCCCUCAUGUUGGACUUCUACGGCGUCAAGCUGCUGGAUAAGAGUGGCAAUGUUGCUCGGGCUCCAAACUGGCAGGAGCGCUUCCAACACCUUAAUGAAUCCCACCACAACUACCUGCGGAUCACUCGCAUCCUGAAGUCCCUGGGUGAGCUCGGCUAUGAGGCCUUUAAGGCCCCACUGGUUCGCUUCUUCCUGGAGGAGUCGCUGUGCCACGGCACCCUGUCCAACAUGCAGCACAGCAUCCUGGAAUACUUUGUCUACACCAUCCGCCUGCCAGCCACCCGCCGACGCUUGCUCCGAUAUGCCCGCCAACACUACAGGCCUGCCCACGCGUUCCUCUGGGGACCACUACCUAAAAAGCGGGGAGGUGGUGCUGGUGCUGGAGGUAGCGUGGGUGCUGGAAGUAGUGGGAUUAGGGCGCCUGCUCCAACACCAGAGCAACAGAGGAGGGGGAUGGAGAGCACCAUAUUCACAUCUGCAGGUAGUGGAAAUAUUGUGUCUUCCCACAAUGCCACAAUGUGCCAUGAGCUGGCUGAAGGAGGACUCAAGGGCUGCACAGGACUUGGUCCCAACAUGGAAGGAGCGCUGAUGAUGGUGGGAGCUCGAGCAGAGAGGAAUGAGUUCAAUGAGAUGAUUCCUUUGUAGGGAAAAAGUUUUGAAAGCAGAAAACAAAAAACAAAAUGAACCACUUAAAUUGUAAAGAAAUAAACUUGCUUUGUGGAAGGACAUGCAAACCAGGGCAGUAAAACACAGGUACAGAUGUUUGAGCUGUUAAUGAACACAUCAUUAGAAUCUGUUUAGGUUAAGGGCUGACUAUAAACUCAAACAGUACUUUAUUUAUUGCAAGUGAAUUAUCUUAACCUCUUAAGCCCCAACGCCCCCUGAUACGGGGGCAAAAGGCAGGAGAUCAGUUAGACUUGGGGCUUAAGAGGUUAACUGAAUUUGGGAUUAUAAUCUAAAGCUGGGUUAUUUUUUGUUUGUUUGUGCUUUUGGUGGGGUUUGUAUCCUGAGCUAAGAUAGCCGAAUCCCAAAAUUAUCUAAACUAGUAGAGAAGGUUUGACAGAAGCCUUAUUUAAAGUUUUGGCCUGGAAUCAUGAAGAUCAUUCUACAAGCAAAGCUCUCUGCUGAAUGUUUGCUGGUGUUGGGAUGGUGAGAUUAUUGAAAUGCUGUAGCUGGAGCUCCGCCAAACAACACGCUGGACUGAGCUCCUUUUGUACAGGUUCUGUACAGCAAAUGUGAAAAGGGAGAUCAGGAAGAAUUUGUCUUAUUUCCACGUCAUGUAAAAAGCAUAUAAAAGAAGACUAAUUUGUCAGCAAUACUUAUAGAUUUUUUUAACUUGACUGACUUGAAAUUUUCACUUUGUUGUUAAUCUUAGGCACAGCUCAGUUAUGUAUCCGCGCUGCGAUUUUACUCUCUACAAGUUAAAGGUAGCCAAUUCUGCUGAAAAUUGUACAGAACUAUAUAGCAAAAAAUAAAACGUGUUGGUAAGCUGAUAUCUUUAAGAAAUACUUAAGAAAAGAAAGGCUUUAGGUGACAUUAUUACCUGUGAACUCCAAGUGGCAGCUCAGCAGCCCAUUGGAAAACUUGAUAGGUAAUUUUUCAUUAAGGGAAAAGUUUCCUGCAGAAAUUGUGAAAUCUAAAACUGUGCAAUAAAUAUUUUGCUAUAAAACAACCCAGGGCUGCUUAAAGCCAAUUAUCCAAUGGCAGUGACUACACUGAUUUAAAUAAUGCACUUUGUAUUUCAGUCUAAAAGAUGAAGGGAAAAUACAAAGUGUGUCAGAUAGGUUUGUCGCAGUUCAUUUUUUUCUGCUCUUGUAGGCAAGAAUUCAGAAAAUAUUAUUAAUCCUUCAGCAAAGAGUAGAAAUGCUAGUACCAAUGUUACUGGAAAUUUCCACCAGUUACAAGCUAAAGAUGGUGUUUGUAUCAGUACUAGCAAACAGGCAUAAUUAAACUGGUUAAAUUAUGAAUAAAUAAAAAUAUACAAAUCAUAUUCCAAAGUAGGCAUUACUGUAAUCACAUUAUAUUAUAAUAUACUAUAUAUAUCGAGUUUUAGUGACAUGUGAAAAACAGCCGUGAGCUAGCUUGGCUGCCACACCUCCACAGUGUGUUAUGCCACCUAAAAGCCUUCUUCCAUUCUUAACUGGAAGUUAUGGAUUGAAGUUAAUGUGAUCAGACUGGUGGUGUGCAGUGUGUUCUCAUAGACAGUAUAAAAGAUGGAUGUAGCUACCAUAGUGUUACCCAAAUGUAUGGAUAUGAGAAGGAGGGGUGGGUCUUUGACAAGUUGUUAGCUAAUGAGCAUUUUGUACCACAAAUAAUCCUCCAUUUGGAAAAAUUGUAUGACCAAGAUUUACAACAAUAGACUUAAUCUUUUUAUUAUUCAGUAACUAAGCCCAUAAACUCAUCGGAUAGGGGUUUAGAAAGGUCAAGACCAAAUAAAAUUUGAAUUCCACGGGCUUCUAUAGGACUGGAAGCCUUUUUGCAUCCACAGCUAUCACCAUCUGGUGGACUUUAGGUAAAAAGCAGGGUUCAGGCAAAUCCGGAUUGGCUUCAUUUUAAUUCAAAGUUAUGUCAGACUUUGAUACUGUCUAUGUGUGUGUUGCACUUUUUGGACAAUCUGUGUCUUCCUGUUAAAAGCGCUGUAGGUUUUAAAAGGUUAUGCAUCAUAGUCAUGAUAUAGUGACGAUACUGUCUAACCUUGCAAUAAUGUGACUUACUGAAAUGAGAAGUUAAACACCCUUGUUAGGUUUCAACCAUAGCUUAUCCCAUGUUUUUGAGAGUUCAAAUGUUUCUAGGGCUAAGUUUGCAGUGCUGCUGAUAUUUCUGCCAGAAUCUUUUAAGAUGAAUUUGCUUGCCACUCAAAUCAACAAAAAACAAAUCUGGAAUAAUUGAUUUCAGGUUAAUGUCAACUCAUCGCCCUCAGCAUUUCCUUGGUCAUGUUUAGCUUUCAAUAAAAGGCAAAUAUUAGCCAUCAGGAAGUGUGCAUUGAUCUAUCCAGUCAACUUAAUCUAAAAGCUAAGCUUAAGUUUUUUAAUUAUAGGUGUUAGCUUAAUAGUUAUUUGUAUGUUUCUAGUAGCAAUAGAUUAAAAGCCAUGUUAAGUAUAAGAAAGAUUGAAGUUUAAAACUUCUUUAGUUGGCUGUUCUUCCUGUAGAAGGUGGCCAUGCGUAUGUUAGCUAACAAGGUUUUGACAUUGCUUUCCAGCCAAGUGUAUCUGAUAUAAUUGUAAAAAUAACUUUUCAGGUGAAUUGUAUGAUAACAUGGGCUCAAGUAUUCUGAUUUCUAGUAUACUCCACAUGUACAUAUGUGAGUAUGUGUAUGUCUGUGUGAUAUUCUUAAGUGCCUCUUUUGUAUUUUUAAUUUUUAUCUGGAUGCUGUAUGGAGUGUCUUUCCUGUACAUCCUGUUUUUUGUACAGCGUUUUGAUAUCUACAUCAUUGUCCACAAUAUAGUCAUAUACACUAUGAGUAUAUGAGUAUGGGCAGGAAUACAUUAGAAGAACUGAUAUAGAGGAGAAGUUAAUACUAUAUAACACUUGAAAUUGUUUGUAUUGUUUCUUUGAAUAAAUUGUGAUUGCUACAUUGAUAAAUGUUCACUAUGCUUGCUGAACACAGUUUUGUUUUGGGGUUUUUUUUCAGAACUGACAGGCCAGAAUAAGUGGACAUAAACCCUGAAAUGUGAAUUUUGCCACAUGUAA